AUGUUGACAGUCAAAGAAAAUUUUGACAGAAAGUUCUCAAACCUUAAAGAAGGCAAAGCAUACAAACUUGUUAUACCUUAUGAACCAAAGAAGACAGACGACUAUGAAUAUUAUGAGUCUAAGAUAGUUGAAGUUCAAGGUAAAUUGGGUAAAAAGAUUUUAGAGUCUAAGCCAGUGUUUGCUCCUAAAGAGGAAGAGAACAUUGACAUUGACCCAGAAAUGUUCUAA